AUGAAGAUCCUGAGCCACAUUGUCUUGUUACUACUACUUGGGGGGAUCUGGUGCCAGAACAACCGUAACACUAAAACAAGUGGAAAAUCCACGAAGAAGGCUGGUGGGAACCAGGGGGCCGGCACUGCUCAGCCUGCCCCGGCUGGAGACGCCGCUCCCGGAAGCUCGAGGGGAGCUGGAGGCGCUGCUGCUUCGGGACAGGAGACGGCAGCUCCUCAGUCACCUGCACAACCGACUGAUGAGAUGAGGCUGCACUUCCUCAAGAACAGCCAGGUUACAUGUAACGAUGGGACGGCAGCGGGGUUUUACCUAAAGGAGUUCAGAGGGAGCCGCCGAUGGUUGUUAUUUCUGGAAGGCGGCUGGUGCUGCUACAGCAAAGAGACCUGCGAUUCCAGGUACCAAAAUAUCCCACGACUAAUGAGCUCAUCGGGGUGGCCCCAGACUAAAAGAGGAAGUGGAAUAUUGUCUCCCCAAGCAGAGGAAAACCCACACUGGCACAACGCCAACAUUGUAUUCAUCCCGUAUUGUUCCAGCGACGUGUGGAGCGGCGCCGGUCCCGCACCAACGCCGCCUCCAAGGCCGCGACAGGGCAAAGAGAAGGAAAGGGAGAGAAACACAAACGCAACUGAGUACACCUUCAUGGGGUCCCUGAUCAUCCGGGAGGUCAUCAAAGAUCUCAUCCCUAAAGGAAUCAAGCAGGCGAAGGUGGUCAUGCUGUCCGGCACCAGCGCCGGGGCCACGGGCGUCCUGCUGAACAUCGAGCGGGUGGCCGCUCAGCUGGAGCAGCUGGGCGCCGAGGCUCAGGUCCGAGGCCUGGUGGACUCCGGCUGGUUUCUGGAGAGCAAGCGGCCCAGAUCACCAAACUGCCCCGAGACGGUCUCCUGCUCGCCGGAGGACGCCAUCAAGAUCGGCCUCAGGCUGUGGAACGGAGCCGUGCCUGAUCGAUGUCGGCAGCUCUAUAAGAAGGGGGAGGAGUGGCAGUGCUUCUUCGGUCAUAAACUAUAUUCGACCUUAACAUCACCCUUGUUUAUUGUGCAGUGGCUGUUUGACGAGGAGCAGCUGAGAGUGGAGAACAUCUACAUGGGAGGACAGAGUCUUUCUGAGGAGCAGUGGCAGUACAUACAGAACCUGGGCGGCGAGCUGAAAAACUCCCUGAGAGACGUCACGGCUGUGUUUGCUCCAUCCUGCCUGUCACACACAGCCAUCACCAAAAGUAACUGGGUAAGCUUCCAGGUGAAAGGCACGUCUCUGCCGCGGGCCCUGCACUGCUGGGACAGGAAUCUGGAGGCAACGCGCAACAACAGAACCCCCGCUAAAGGCUGUCCUUUCCACCUGGUGGACACCUGCCAGUGGCCCCAGUGCAACCCCACCUGCCCGGCCCUGGUGGACCAGGCCACCCAGCAGGAGCUUACUCUGCUCCAGAUGCUGGUCGCCAUGGGCCUUGACCUCCAGAGGCUGGGCCUGGACCCCCAGGGAGACGCCGACUCUCUGGCCAGCAUGGUCAGCAACGGCGGCUAACAGGAAAA